AUGAGAAGUCGAGCAUCGGACAAUGACUUUUAUUGUGGUUACCUGGAAGAGAAAGUCAAGGCGCAUGAAGCGGAAAGGAAAAAAUUGAAACAGGUGACCACACAACUCGAAGAGAAGUUGCGAACCUCUCAGAAAGAAUUAUCUGCUCUUGCCAAGAAUCGUGACCUCGGAAAAAAUCAUGUUCAUGAGGCACAGAAGAAGGUCCGUAUUCUGGACGAGAGAGUUCAGCAUCUUCAACGUGAAAAUGAAAAACUGAAGGAGAAAUUAGACGAGAGAGAGCGGGAAGUGGCCUCACUGAGUAAUUUAAAAGCAAAUAAACAAAAGAAUAAAAAUAAUGCUCUGGUUGCAGAGAACAAGGCCCUCAAAGAAAGGAUAGCAAAACGACAAGAUCAAAAUGAAAUCCUCCGGAGCGAAAGAGCCGAAAGGAAAUCACUAGAAACUGAGUUGAAGGAAGUAAAAGGAAAUCUAAAAGUGGCGGAAGACACCUUGAGUCAGGUUCAAGAGCGACUCAAAGAGGCUGAAGAAAGAAGUGCACAGGUAGAAGUACAUCGGCGAAAAGUCCUGGAGGCAGAGGCUGACCGCUGUAUUGAGAUGGAAGAUUUUCAGACAGCAAUUGUUUUCCUAGGAAUUAUAACAAAGGACUAUGAUAAUGUGUUGGAUUGUCGUGUAAAGGAGUUGAGAUGCCACACAGCUCUAGGAAUGGUGGAAGAGGCCCAAAAAAUACUGGACAAUUUACCUGCCGAGUAUCAAGAUGACUGUGAUGUUCUGGUGGAGUCUGCCCUACUUUGUGCCUUUGAUGCUGAGUUAGAGAAAGCUGAAAUGAUUUUGACUCAGGUUCUAGACCGAUGUCCUUACCACGAAAGGGCACUCAAGGGAAAAGAGUUUCUGGAGCAGCGGAAGAUAUGGUACUCGAUUCCAUCGAUGAUAGACGAAUGUGAAAUCGAUGCUGUUUUGGAAACGCUUACACACGCCCAGUCUCUGGAAUCCUUUUUCCCGCAGGUACGUGUUGACUUGGCCAGAAUGAAAGGGAACGUCUUUUGUAAGCUUGGACGGCUGCAAGAAGCAUGUGACUGUUUCCUCGAUGUACUGGAUAAGGACGAAGAUCAAGAUGACUGUAGGUUAAGACUGGCAUUGUGUCUCUUGCUGCUUGGAAGACACGGUGAAGCUACGGUCCAUCUUGAGAAACUAGAUGAAGAUCAAGAAGAUGUGGAAGAAUUGAUCGCAGCUGCCGAAACCCUGGAAAGAAUGGAACUUCAUGGCUGCCCCUACGACAUCCUAGGCGUUGCAGAGGAUGCUGCUUUGAAGGAAAUAGAAAGGGCCUACAGGAAGCUGGCCCUCAAGAGCCACCCUGAUAAGUUCCAGGGGCCUCAGGCAGAGCGACAACAAGUGAAAGAAAUGAUGCAAAAGAUCAACUACGCUAACGACAUCCUACGUGACGCUGACGAAAGAGAGGAAUACGACACUCUCAGGGGCUUCGUCAAGGACGUUGCGGAUAAGCUGUUCGAAGAUCCCAAGUUUCCCGAUGAAUCCGAUGAUGAAGAAGAAGAUGAGUCAGAACUGUCUGAGGAAGAGGAAGAAUGUGAUGAAGAGGACGAAGAGGAGGAAGAGGACGAAGAGGAAGAAUGUCAUUACCCCGUGCUUGGCUACUCAAGACUACGAUUUGUCAAAACACAAGAAUUAGGAGAACGCAAGAAGCUGUGUACCACCUCUCACAUGUUCUAUGGUGCCAGGGAUACUGCAAAUGAAACUGGAGCACGCCAUUCCGCUGACAGAUCAGCCCACAUAAGAGCCAGGCAGGCAGAAAUUUCUGAAGAAACAGAAGCCUGCUGUUCAGCUGACAGAUCAGCCCACACAAGUGCAAAGCAGGCUGAAACGGCUGAAUAA